AUGGAUGUCUUGAUACCAGGAGAAAGUCAUGGGGGGUGGAUGGGGAGAUUUACGCUUGGUCGAUGCAGCAACUGGAUGCCAGGCGGAAGGGGACACUGUGAGCUGAGAGAAGUCACUUGGGUGCAGAUAGGGAGCCAAUAAGUACACUCGAGAGAUUUUAAUCCCGACAAAGACCAGAGAACAAUUUCCAUCCUUCAAAACUGCCGCUCAGCUCCGACGCCGUGGCCAAUCCUCGGCUGUCGCCAUGGUCAACACCGGCAUGCAACUCAUCAGCUUCACCUGCGCCGUGACCGGCUGGAUCAUGGCGAUAGCGGUCACGGCCCUGCCUCAGUGGAAGGUGUCGGCCUUUAUCGGCAGCAACAUCCUGACGUCAGAAAUCAAAUGGGAGGGCAUCUGGAUGAGCUGCAUCUACCAGACCACCGGUCACAUGCAGUGCAAGACAUACGACUCCAUGCUGGCCUUGCCUCCCGACAUCCAGGCCGCACGCGCCCUCAUGUGUUUGGCCAUUUUCAUGGGCUGGCUCUCCUGCACCGUGUCCUGCUGCGGCAUGAAGUGCACCACCUGCGCCGGAGAUGACCGCCAAGCUAAGGCGGGCAUCGCGCUCUCCGGUGGGAUUCUUUUCAUCCUGACGGGCCUGUGCGUUCUCAUUCCCGUUUCCUGGACCGCUAACACGGUCAUUCAGGAUUUCUACAACCCCAACGUGCCCGUUAUGCAUAAACGUGAGCUCGGGCAGGCCAUUUAUCUGGGCUGGGCCGCCGCGGUUAUUUUGAUGAUCGGUGGAGCUGUGCUAAGCAGCACGUGCCCUCUCGCGCAGCGGGGCGGCAGGUACCGCAGGGGCUACGCGGGUCGCAGCUUUGCUAAUUCACCCGCGCCUGCGCCCAACCUCCCCAAAACCAUCACGUCGACCAGUCUCCCACUUAAAGAAUACGUGUAGAGAGAAGACAUUCCAGCUGUCGAGAAGCAAUGGCAAAA